UCCUCAACUUGUUGAUAAACAAAAAAGUGUUGAAUGUGUUUACUAGCAAAGGAUUGUGUUAUGAAUAAAGCUCACUAUUAUUGAUGCAUUCAAUAUGUAUGAAUUUUUGAGACCGUCGUUAACAGCGUUUCAAAGCCGAAAAUUGUUUCAUUCAUAUCAAAAAGAGCAGGGUGACACGGUGGAAGAGUGGUUUCGAUGUAUCAUCGACACUUUGGAGGGUUGUGAGUAUGGAGAAUUAUCCGAAUUUAUGCUUAUCGAUAAGUUCAUAGCUGGCUUAGAUGACGAAACGUGUGAAAAACCUGUACCAUAUGCAACGAUUGCAAUAGAUACACUGCAGUCAAUUGAAUUAGAUAUCAAAAAUCACUUUGCAAUUCCGUUGGAAUCAACGACAUGUGACGAAAUCACCAACGAUAUUGAGGACUUUUUAGCUGUAGACGAUAUCAAAGUGGAAGAAGAUGAAGAGGGUCUAUCAAAUGAAUCUGAAGACAACCUACUGGAUCACUACCAUGAAACUCGAGUUUUAGAGAGAGAUUUCUCUGGUGACGAUACAAAAAUACCAAAUUAUGAAUUCAGUCGAAGGAGUCAAAAGAAUACUGUAAAUCAGGAGGAUAUCAAAAGUACAGAAUUAAUCCAGCACAAAUCGAGUGAUGAAAGGAAACCAAAAGUCGAAAUCAAAGGAUUCAAAAGGGAGAAAAGCAAGGACAUCAUUUGUCUUGACUGUGGCAAAUGCUUCAAACAAAAGAACACAUACAAUUACCAUAAGCGAUGGCUCACGGGCAAAAAUUUGUACAAUUGUAAUAUGUGUGAAAAAGCAUUUGUGAAAGCGGUUCAAUUGAAAAGACAUAAGCUAACCCAUGAUAAUGACAACAAAUUGUUCGAAUGUUAUCUGUGGUUAUCGAAAUUCGAUCGAAUACACGGACUAAGGAUUCAUUUUACAAUAUUACAUACCACAAAGACCAAACGGAACCUUCGGUAUAACUCGACUUUACGGAAUACUCAAGAAAUCGAUCCGCUCAUAUGGCAUUAAAUAGUUUAUGUCGCCACCUUUCCAAAACAGUAUAGUAUAGGCGUCGCUCCCCCUCGGAUCCCCCCAAAUCGGCGUAUGUAUAGGGAGGAUAUGAAAAUCUCAUGUGGCUACCGAAGGUCAUUGCUCCGUACCUAUAGGAGGUAGGGCAUUAGUCACUAGAGCAAAAAUAUAGUACUCGUGAACCUUUCUAGCCAUGUAUAUGGUGACCCUCCCGGGUCCCCCUUCAUGAAAAUAUAGGUAUUGCAAAAAUUAAUGGGAAAAUGGAACUUUUCUUUUACUGUGCUUUGAGGAAUAUGAAUAUUGUAUCGAUUUUUUGUAUCCUGAGGAUAGCUUGGGUUCAGUACAUCUCAUUUCAGUACAAACAUUUGCAACUUUUGGAUUUACCGUUAUUUUUUCCUUAUUUUAUGUGUACAACUUUCAUAUUUUUUUCAAUACCUUUGCCUAUAAGUCCUCAGAUGUUACACAUACGACACUGGUCUCUGAGGCAAAGUAAUAGUACUUCAUCAGAGCUCCACAGCGCACCGUACUAAAAUGUACUAAUCUGUACUAAAGUGUACUGAAUUGUACUAAAACAAUAAAAAUGGUUCUGGUGCAUUCUCAGUCAAAAAGUUGGCUGCACAUCAACAAUAUGAGAAAACCAAUCAGCUGUUGGAUCUGUACAAGGAAUGUGCGGAUACGGAAUUCGUGACUCUUCGUGAAAUGUAUAGCGACCGGAAGGAACGACCACUUUCGGACACUUCACAUGAUAAAUUCAAUAAAUUGUAUCAGACGUAUGGAAGUGACAAGGACAUUCAAAAACAAAUACAAAGCAAAUAUAUGGUCGUUAAAAGCAAAUUGCCAGAAGCAGCUGCAAACCUACGACGUUUCGUUUAUGUAUUGGAUGAAGAGCAGGAAAAAGAAAAUGAAUAUGAGCCCGAAACGCAACGACAAAUUGAACGACCGCCAGUCGUUAAAGCUGCUGCUCAAAAGUUCAACGAUUGCUUGACACAAUUAAUCACGUAUGGUUUGAAUGAGGCAACCAUUGCAAUCGCACGAAGUACGCUACUUCCUCUGGAAAGAGGAUUACUCAAAACGAAGCUAUUCCAGGAUUAUUCCAAGGAUGGACUUGCCUGGGCCGAACACAUUUUGACUACAAACAAUUUCAUCAAUGUGCUUAUGAACUCGAAUGAGGCCUGUGAUGAUUUUCUACGACCCGUUUGGUGGGUCGCUCGUAUUGAUGGCCAAAAUGAUCGCUACAUUCUGAUCUUGUUGAGCUCUUAUGAAUGUCAUCACCUUUUGCCAGCUUUUCAGACCAGCACCAAAUCAACAUUACACACGUUUCGUCCACGUCUGAGUAAACUACACAGCGAUUUAAUGGAUGAAGAAGAUUUGAAAAUCACAGGAAAAUCUAAAACCGUCGACCUUUCAGUGAAUGAUUCGGCUCAAAUCAAAAUGUACUCCGGGUCGAUGUAUUUCAAGAACGAAGCACAACAAAGUGCUUACUGUCACUUUUUGGGCUUGAUACCACGACCACGAACACUUGAACAAGAGCUGGCUUUUCAACGAGGAAUUAUCAAGCCGAAUGGAUUUGUUCCACCCGAACAUCGUCGAGAGGCGUCUACAAUCCAACAAGUUGGCCAAUGUAAAUUUCAACGCAAUCCCGUCAAUUUGGCCACCAAACUGAUUGAAGCGCAUCAUGAAUUUAUGCGCAAAGAAUCACAUGCAGCUUUCAUUCUGGAACGGGGAUCUACAGAACGGAACACAUUUUAAAGUGGAACGACAGCGCGGCAAAGAAACAUACAUCAAAUAACCAUACAACAGUACAUUUCACAUUGCUAUUUUUUAUUGAAACAAACGAACCAAAAAUGAUGAGAAAAAAAACAAAAAAAGCAGUUACCUUCAUUGAACUCACACAUGUAAUAGCUAUUUUUCAUGAAAAUUUGAUCAUUUUGACUGCCAUAGAACUUUUUGCCAACAACAAUUAUCCUGACAAGUUUAUAAAACGCACAAUUUUUCUAUAUUUUACAUAUUUUGACUAAAAACUGCAACAAAAAAAUUUAAAAAAAAUUUAUAAAAUGACAAAAAAGUGGAAAACAAAUACAAUCUCAGUUUUCCCAAUAAAA